CAACAGGCAUGUAUGUCGAUUUAAAAUAAGAUCUAUUUCAUUGAAGUAAAAUAGCUAACAGAAUGAAAACUGCGACGUUUAUCCCAAAACACCAUUUCAGAAGCUUCGUGCCAAGCAGGAAGCCACAAAAGCACAGGAUAUUAGUUCCAUUAUCAUUUAUCGUUAUCAUUUUUACAAUACUUCAAAUACCACAAGCAAAUUGCACUUAUGCCGGACCGGAUACUCCAUCAAAAGUUUUAAUUUGGCCAGCAGAAUUUUCACAUUGGAUAAACUUGAAAAUUCUGGCAGAAAAUCUGGUCAAAAAAGGGAUGGAAGUGACCGUGCUUCGUUCGUCUGCAUACCAGGACUUCAUGGAAGAAACGGAUGAUUUCAACUUUGUGAACUUCAACGUGUCCCGGUUUCAUCCUGGAGAUCAUCUUCAGUCCAUGGAUCACAUUCUGCAUUUAUUGAAACUUGGGAAUGAAAAAUCAUCUUUUAUGCAAACAAUUCGAGGACUGGCUCACUUUUGGUUAGAGCAGUUAGAUAUGCGACAAAGCCAAUGCAACGCAUUAAUGACGAAUCAGAAGAUUCUGAAUAAACUCGCUGAAGCCAAAUAUGACGUAGUUCUUGCUGAUGCCACUGUAGCCUGUGGAGAGAUUAUUGCAGCCAAACUUGGAGUACCUCUCGUCUAUGCAGUUAGAAUACUUCCCGCCGAAGCGCAAUUUCAAUAUUCACAAACUCCAAUUCCAAUAUCAUAUGUGCCAAUGAUCAACACGGAAUUUACAGACAGAAUGAAUUUUCUACAGAGAACCAUGAAUUUAUUGUCUUAUUUAUAUCAAACCAUAGGAGUUGAAUUAUACGGCAAAAUUGCCAUGGACCCUCUUGUUCAAAAAUAUCUUGGUCCGAAUGCGGGAUACAGACAAUUAAUGUCACAAGCAAGUUUAUGGUUGAUCAGGACAGAUUUUGCUUUCGAAUAUCCUCGGCCGCUGAUGCCAAAUGUUAAAUUCAUCGGUGGAUUUCAUUGCAAACCAGCGAAGCCACUGUCUGAGGAGCUUGAAAAUUUCGUCAACGACGAUAAUUACGACGGAUUUAUUGUUUUCUCUAUGGGAUCGAUGGUUCGAAAUAUGCAUAAAUCAAAAGCAAAUACGAUAGCUGCUGCGUUCGCAAAUCUCAAACAAAAGGUCGUAUGGAGAUACCUUGGCGAGACACCAGACACACUAGGACCAAACACAAAAAUCAUGUCAUGGUUGCCACAAAAUGAUCUUUUAGGUCAUCCAAAAUGCAAGCUCUUUGUCACUCACGGUGGAACAAACGGAAUUUACGAAGCAAUAUAUCAUGGUGUACCUAUGUUAGGUCUUCCUUUGCUGGUCGACCAGUUUGACAAUAUGGUCAGGAUAAAAGGAAAAGGAGCAGGCAAAACGUUGGACAUCACAAACCUAAAUAGAACUGAAUUACAAUCAACAAUUGUAGAAUUGAUAAACAACAAAAGUUAUAAAGAGAAUGCUAUAAAACUGUCGGAAUUACACAAAGACAAAGUUAUGACACCUCUUGAAAGCGCCACCUACUGGAUAGAAUACGUUAUACGUCACAAAGGAGCUUAUCAUCUUCGUCCGGCUGCACAUGAACUGUGGUGGUUUCAAUAUCAUUUACUCGAUGUUAUAGUUUUUCUUAUUGGAUCCUUAGUAGGGGCUAUAUGGGUAGUGAAAUUGUUUAUCAGAUAUCUUCUUCGCAAAAAAUCGGAUAAGACAGACGAACAGACAGACAACUCCGUCAAAGAUAAGGUAGAAGAAAUGAAUGGUAAUGGGAACAUUGCUUCUUCAACAAAAGUUGUUAAUGGACAUUUGCAUGCAAAUGGUUACAAACAAAAGAAUUCUUCUCUUCAGCAUAGGAAGAAAAACGGUAUUAGGGUGUCCGAUCCUAUUUCUAAUGGCAACGGUCAUCUUUCAAAUGGGUUUCAUACAAAAUUGAGUUGUGAAUAUUGUCAUCGUAGAAAGAAUAUUCAAUCAACUGAAUAGAAUUCACCUGGGACAAAAACAAUUUAUGCUAAUAUGUUAAUAUUAUUAUUCCAAAUUCGAUUUGUGCUUUCAAGAUAAAUAGGUAUUUAAUGAUUACUAACUGUCUCUGACAAUCGGUUUCAUACCGAAUAAUCGCACCGAGUUUCCUAAAUAAAAAUCUUUAUGCAAAUUGUGACUAUUUGGUAAAGGACAAAAUUGAGGCAAAUUAUGCCAUUACAUUCCAUAUGAUUUUUCGAGUGAAGCAAGUUUUGUCAACUGUUAGAUUUCAUGCCCAAUUCUUACUAUUCAAUGCAUUUUCUUUUUGUGGAUCAAAUUGAAAAGCAAAGCAAUCCGGCAGAAUUUUCGAUUUCUGAUGUUGCCAGUAAGUUCUAUGAUAUAUUAUACCAUGACAUUAUUUUCCAUAUUUUUACUAUAUUAUCUCCUCGAAUGCGUGAUCAAUAAUAUUAACGAAUAGUAAUGUUUGGAAUUAUCUGAAAAUCUAUUUGGGAAGUCUACUUAUGCACUUUCCCAUGCAUGUAUAAAUGCAUCUGUUUCGUAUGGAAAGUGUAAUGGAUUUUAAGAAAAAUUCAUUUUCUGAUAUUAAUCCAUUCACAUGCAAGCUAAUAAGUGCACCGAAUGCAACGGGUAUUUUCUGUUCAUUUCACCAAAUAUAUGAAAUGAAAAUAAUUAAUAGUCAUGUAUUCUUUUGUAAUUAUACUAGUAAAAUAAUUAUUCUCUGUGUUAGAUUGUUAGAAAAAUAUUACAUUAAUAUGCUCUAAACCUUAUUUUUUGAAUUGACUGCCAUGAUGGUCCUUCUGCGAGACCUGAGCAAAAAUUAUAAUUAAGCCUGUAUUUCGACUUAAUUUUUGUGUUCUCAACCUUCCCAAUUGGGUGAUUUGUAUGCGUGAUUUCCUGAAUUUCCAAGCAUAACGGAUUUCAAUGUUAAUAAUAUCUAACAAAUAAUUGUGUUUGCUCAAUCACAAAGUUGCAAUCACACGAAAUCAAACUUAUCAAGAGGCGAACCUUGAAGGCAAAAGUAUGAUAGUAAUGAUUGGCAUUGCACGUCCUUGAUUCCACAGCAGAAAAAUUUGUAAAAGUCUUCCAGUAUAUAUCAGACUGGAAUAAAUGUUUUUGAUUCUGUAUACAUUUCUAAGAUGUUAUUACUAGUGAGCUCUCUGAGUAUUUCCCCAAAUUUCUUAAAUAAGUUCUACUUCUAAAGGGCUCUUAUACUUACCAAAUUAUUCAUGCAUACUAUUUGACAGUAAAGAGCAAUUUGUAAAAAAAGCUUGCCUUUCUCGUUAUUGGUGCGUCGAUUUCUAUUGAAUAUUUUUCAUUUAUAAUCCACAGUAAAUAUUAUUAAUUAAAUUAAAUGUGAUAAUUUUUUUCAUUUUCAUUUCUUUUUCAAAUAUACAAUUUUAAUCAUU